UUCCAAAAAGAAGAUUGCUUAAACAAACACCAUCUUAAAAACACAAUUUGUAAAUUGAAAAACACUGUCGUUGAAAUCUAUUGGUGAUUAAAAUUGAUUAUCCUUGAAAUAACUAAAGAGUGGAUCUUCGAAUAUAAAUUUAUCCCCGCGGAAGAGAAAUUAAAAAUAAUUCAGCGAGUGGAAAAUUAAUAAUUGGAAUUGAUCGAGUAUCCGAGUGAAUAAUUGAAAAUUUCAAAAGAAUUUUAACAAAUCUAUGUCAUGACGGACGUGAAUAGCAACAAAUUGAACGGCGAGUCCUCGAGAAAAACCUUCGAGUUCGCGAGGAAGGAAUUACGUUCGCUGGUGAAUAAAAUCGAAGGAACCGGUCUGUCGAACAGAUCGUUUAAAUUACUUCGCGCUUAUUCCUUGCUGAAACCCCGAAGUUCCAAGUUUCGCAGGACACACCUGUGGAUUCUACUGAUUCCCGCUUGGAUUCUUGGCCAAUUUUUGUGGAAUUAUGGAUUAUCGGUUCGCUACGACAAGUGUUUGGCAGAGUUUCCCUCGUUCACGCAGAACAUUUUCCGGCCAGCCGAGGAUUGCUCGAUGUGCCAGGACGUUCAACAGGUUGACAGGAUAUCCAACGUGGAACCUGUUUCGUUCGAGGAACGUUACGCGUAUACCGGAAGACCGGUGGUGAUCACCGAUGCGACAACAAAUUGGACAGCCCCGAAAGUAUUCUCUUUCUCCUUCUUCAAAUCCUUGUACGAAGGACAGGACGCGAAUUGUCAAUUCUUCCCGUACAAAACCGAGUUCAAGAAUCUUCAGGAGGUGUUCAACAUGAGCACCAGUCGCUCCCUUCUCGAAAAGGGAACGAAGCCGUGGUACGUCGGCUGGAGCAACUGCGACGACGAAAUUGGCAACGUGCUGAGGAAACACUAUCAAAAGCCUUAUUUUCUGCCCGACACCGCGGAAAGCGAGAAAACUGAUUGGAUUUUUAUGGGGAGCCACGGUUACGGGGCACCUAUACACGUAGACAACGUGGAGCAUCCGUCGUGGCAAGCACAGAUAAAAGGAGAGAAAUUAUGGAUCCUGGAACCACCCAGGGAGUGUCAUUACUCCUGUAAGAGGUUGCAGGUCGUGGUACACCCUGGUGAAAUAAUCGUCUUGGACACGAAUCGCUGGUACCAUCAAACGGAGAUAGUUUCCGAAGAGAUGAGCAUCACUAUCGGUGCGGAAUACGAUUAAAAUAAAAUGAACAAUGUAGGCUGACAGUAAAAUUGCUGUAGCGAGAAAAAAAGUUAAUAAAAUUAUAUUUAUCUUUAAA